CCUAAAUAAAUCAUAAAUGUACUAGUAAAUGUACUAGGUUAACAGAUUCCCCUUUAUCUAGAAAAGGUUUACCUGCUGCAUGACCCCUAAAAGUCCCUAAUGUCUAAAGUCCAGACCCAGACCAACUGCUAUUCCAAUUCGCCUCCGCAAUUUCGACGCGAGUAACACUUAUACAUACAACUGUACAACACCCCGAGCUGCGGUGUCUCAUCUAGCAUCAUCGCACAUCGCAUCGCAGCCCUAUUAGACCGAAUCCGAAUCGGGGGAUAACGAGUAAAUACCUAACGGGAAGAAGAACAAGAAAAGGACGAAAAUACAAUAAACAAAGAAAGAGGAGGGAAGAAGAAAAGGAAAAAGAAAGAAUUAAAGACUGGAAAAAAAGAAGAAGAAGAAGAAAGCUUUGCGACGUGACGACGUCGGCAAUAACAAGCAUCAUCAGCCAUGUCGACAACAACACCUCGAAGUCGAAGCCCAUUGACACCGGUCAGCACGCGCAGUUCAUCAUCCUCGGACCACGUAGCAAUACAAAUACACAGCUGCCCCUGCGAAAAAUGCGAAAUUCAUCACGCCAGCUAUAAUAAUAGUAAUAAUAAUUCCAACGGCAACACCAGCAGUAUUCACAGCAGCAAUAAAGUUAGCGAGAGCAAUACGACGCGCUUCGAUGUUCCCUUAAUAGCUAUCCCGCGACUCUUCACAGCAUUGCUGGGCCUAGCGACAGUAAUCCGAGUGCAUACGGCUAUCGACGCCGGGUGGUGGCCGUGGGAGAAUAAAGUAUUAUUCUCGCUAUGCUGGUUGGCGCUAUUUUGGAAUCUAGCACACGGCUUGUGUAGUAUCCUAGGAUACGCGUACUGGCCGUCGCCGCGGCGCACAGUCGGCUUACCCCCGGUCACCCUCGCCGUUAACGGGAGGACUAUCGUAUCCUUCGGCGGCCCUGAUGAGGAUGAGGGCAUCCGAAGGCGUCGCACUAAGAGGUUGCAAUUUACCGUAGUUGAUAUCCUACUCGCCGGGCCAACGCUCGGAUUUCUGAUAUACUCGGCGCAUAUCAUGUAUCCCUGGUGGGGAUCUAGGUACGUCGGCUUGUGGCCGCCGACGAUAGGGUUGAUUGCUUCCCUCGUUUCUUCUCAGUUCCUCACCGCGUUUCUCCAGCUGUUCCAAUUCUUCGAGGCCAAAGUUGUUGGCGUGCAAUUGACGAUGCAAGAUAUAUAUGAGAAGGACGACUCCGCGGGCCGAUUGCAAUUAUAGGACGGGUGGGCAGGCGAGACAUGUGUCUAUUAUUCUUUUCUUUCCAAAGCAGAGCGGAGCGGAGCGAAGCAAGGCGAAGCACAACAAAAAUACGAUCGUUUUUUGUAAUAAAUAUUUAGGGGCGGCAUUUGGGUGUUCCGAAAGACAUCAAGCAAAGUAAAGGGCGGCAUUGCGCAUAUACUCUACCACAUAGUCAGUUGGCAUAGGCCUCGAUGAUACCACAAAGGAGAUAGAAAUAUAUCAUCUCUCAUUCACCGCAUUGUUGGCUUACAAUCUCCUUUUCACGGCGUGGGUUUUCUCUACUGAUGAGCACUGGGACAGCAAUUCGAAAUUAUACAAGUAAGAUAACCAUGGCAUAAGAUAUCAAAUGGUUCGAUUCUUGGGAUACUUAUGAUUCACUGCUUUAUAUAAUAUAGGGGCGAGCCAUUAAAGAUGGGAAGAUUGUGCUAUGUCUAACUGAGCGCAGCGCUCUCUCUA